CAUCAGCUUCUUCUUUACAGUUUUUUUCAGUGACUAACAAGCGUUUGUCCAAUCAGUUAACACAUUUUCGAAGCUCUAAACACAAUUAGCACAGCAUCGGACUUCUGUGGCCAUACCAUUCACACAUUUCAUGUCGUUUUCACACAAUAUGCAGUCAGUGAACACAUUUCCACAAUGCUUACAUUUUCUUAAGAGACACGCGAUACCUCCCAACAAAAUUAUGGAUUGUUUUUGUAUUAUUUACAAAUGUUAACACACAACAUGCCACAAUAGCAAAAACAAUACUCCAAACCUUAGAUACAGUAUAAAAUCCUCUACUUCUGCACUGAUAUAAGUUCAAAAACAAUAUAUCUCAGCUGAUAAUGAACUAGCAAUUGAAUAAUUGACACACAGCUGAUUUAUGUGGGGUAAAUUGGGCCAACUACAGCUGAUUCCAAUGAUUUCAGCUGCAUUGAUAACUAUAAAAGGAGGACUUUGAGGAGUGAUUUCUCUUGGAAGCAGUAAAAAGAAAAACAUUGUAAUGUCUGGACGAGGAAGAGUACGAAGGAGAGGUGCAGGUGUAGUGAGAGGUGUAGUGAGGGGGGCAGGUGUAGGAGCAGGCCCAAGGAGAGGGCAAGGUAGGGGUAUAAGAAUGCGUGGUGGUGGCAUUCCAAGGGCUACAAGAACGGUAGUCAGUGAUGAAAUUCGUGCCACUAUCAUUGACCAUGUCAUCAACCAUGGUCUUUCACUAAGAGAGGCUGGUGAAAGAGUGCAGCCCAAUGUGAGGCGGUCAACAGUUGCCUCCAUUGUACGCAUUUUUCGACAAACCAACAGGUAUGUAUUGCAUUUUACAUGGAUUAUUUGUAUUCUCACUUGACAUGUCAAUACAGUAAGGCCAUACAGAAACGCUAACAUAGAAUUUUUUGUCCCUCUAAAGGAUGCAACGUCUUCCUCCCUCUGGGGGAAGAGGAAAGCUCCUCAAUAAUGAUCAAGAGCUUGCCAUUGUGGAAAUGGUAGUUGCAAAUAAUGCAAUAAAACUCCAUGAACUGCAAACUCGGAUUGUAGAAGACAAUGACAUGUUUGAAAAUGUUGACAGUAUCAGCCUCACAACAAUUGCACGGACAUUAUCCAAACACAGAGUGCGGAUGAAGCAGCUCUACACUGUUCCCUUUGAGAGGAAUAGUGAAAGAGUCAAAGAGCUACGGCAACAAUACAUCCAGAGAGUUAUGGAAUUGGAGGCCAACCAGGCACCUCAUGAGUUCAUCUACCUUGAUGAGGUGGGAUUCAAUCUGGCCAAAAGGCGUCGUCGUGGACGAAAUGUUAUUGGACAAAGGGCCACAGCUGAUGUGCCAGGACAGAGAGGGGCAAACAUAACAAUGUGUGCGGCGAUUUCAAACGCAGGAUUGCUGCUUCACAGAUGUCAGGUUGGACCCUACAAUACAGAGCGCCUCCUUGCCUUUCUUGAUGAUCUCCACCAUCACCUCAUCCCACAGCAGAAUCAAGAAGGUGAAAACAUGAGGACCUUUGUGAUCAUCUGGGACAAUGUGGCAUUCCAUCAUUCCCAAGCAAUUACAGCAUGGUUUGAAGCCCACCCAAGACUAGUGCGUCUGUUCCUUCCACCCUAUUCACCUUUCCUCAACCCCAUAGAGGAGUUCUUUUCUGCUUGGAGGUGGAAGGUUUAUGACCAUCAGCCACAUGACCAGAUGUCCCUCCUUGAAGCCAUGGAUGCUGGCUGCAGGGAAAUCACAGCUGAUAACUGCCAAGGGUGGAUCCGUCAUACUAAACGCUUUUAUCCCAGGUGCAUUGCCUUGGAUAAUAUCAGAUGCGAUGUUGAUGAAAACAUGUGGCCUAACCCUGAAGACCGCAGAGAUUAGAUAAUUACUUUAGAAAUGUUGUGCUUUUAUUAUUUUGAGCUUUUUGCAUUUUUUUUCUUUUUCAGAAUGUUCUUUUGUCUUUCAUGGAUAUUUUGUUCACUUUACUGUAAGCAGUACUGUAAAAGUGUUCUGUUCUAUCCCACUGUAAACAGUACCUAUAUCUACUGUACCUCUUGUAGUAAACAGUAAAUGAAUAAAAAAAUGAUUUGGUUUUUAGUGGAAUGCUUUUACAUACAGUUCCCAACCAGGAAAUUUAGUGUAGAAAUGUUGUAUUGCAUGUUUUACAUGCAAAUAUUUGUAAAACUGAAACAAACACAAGUCUAUGCAGUAAUAUCAACAAUAGCCAGUGUUUUGAAGCCUGGUGUACUUUGACUGACUGCAUGUACCUUCUGAAGUGAAAACAAGUGUUAUUCUUUGACAACAUAAUGUCAUUGUGGGUCAGAUUUCCAGUGUUUUGGUAAAGUUAGUUUGUACAGAGAAAGGUGUGUUCUAUUUUGAAAUGAAGAGUUAGUAUAUAUUUAACAAUAUGUGUUUUUGAGAAGAAAAUUAUCCAUUUGGCCAAUUGUGCUUUGUAGGUGUGAGUCUGUGUUAAGAGUUUAGAAAAAGUAUCAGAAGUAUGGGUGAGUGCUUGUUAGCGACUGAAAAAAACUGUAAACAUCAUAGCUUGAAUAUUUCUGGCGUUAUUUCUUAUCUAUUUAUAUCUAUUUAUUAUACAUUUCUGGCCAUGUGUUGGUAAAACUUGUUGCAAAUGUUACAUAACAGGUUUGGUUGAAGUGCCCUCUAGUGGAUGC